CUCUAGACCCAUUACUAAAGGAAACUCUGGUCAAACUAUUGCAGUCGGAGUUCAGAGCUAUAGAAGCGGUGUAGAAGAGAUACCUGUCAGUUAAACUUCUUUCCGGACUGAAUCAAGAAGGAAGUCGGCACUGGUCAAAAACAGGCAGAAUGCACAUAGCACCGUUUCUACUGUGUGCCCUUGUCUUAACUAAUGGAAGUUUUUCAUUGCCAGUAAAUGAAACAUGCGACGCUUUGGCGAUACGUUGCGAAACACUGCAAAAUAAGCUUGGCGACCUUAACCAGCAGCUUAUGGUGACUGAAUGGCCAAUAGCGGAUGACAAGGCUGAUCAGACAGCUCGAACCGAGAAAGUGAUUUGUCGCUUCAUGCAGGAAUCCGCGCAAUGUUUAAACGCUUUGACCCAGGAUUGUCCUAGACAGCCGCUGUCCGUUUCUGGAAACGACCAGUUCAUGGCCACAUGGCUGACAUUUAACGCCAAGCUCUGCGACUCAGCCGCCCCCGUGCACAACUAUAUACCGGCUUUGUACUACUGUUACGCGGAGAAUAUCGAUCUUCAAGCACAAAUUCCGAGGCUAAAUCCUCAGUCGACUUAUGUACAGCAGUCCGUCAAUGCUUCCACCGCUCAAGAAAACGCUUGCAGGGCACUAUCAGACAUCUCGGCACACAUGAAUGGAACUGCGGCAGCCAUUGCAAAAAAGUGCGGUGAGGAAGGCCGGCGAAUUCUGAUGGAUGGAACCGGAUAUCUUCGUGAAACUAAUUGCCCGCAUUAAGGCGUUAUAUUGUUU